AGCUCAUAAUUCAGGGGAAAAUAUAGCAAUAAUUAUAGUUACUAUUAUGAAGAAGGUAAAUCAAGGGCCCAUGUAUAUAUUUAAAAAGACCUAAAUAAUGUUCUUUUUGAGCACAGAACAGUAAACAUUUAAUUAUGCCUAGGUAAAAGAGGCUUAGGAAAAGUAGUAUAGGAGAGAGACAGUAAGCCAGGAUGUGAAAAAUGAGUGCGGGAAGUCAGGGAGAAGAUCUGUGAGGAACAGUGUUUCUUGACAAAGGGAUGAGAAGUAAAAAAGACAGAAAGACACAGAGUCAUGGGAAUCAAGGCCCUAUGUUUGUGAAAUAGCAUGAACUCCAGUGUGGCUGGAUCAUAGGGAUCAUGGUGAGGGAGGAACCCAGGACUGGGUGAUGAAAGACAGACCUUUAGCCAUGUCAUAAGAAGUUUAGUCUUUAUUCUAGAAUCAACUUGGAGUUUCAAGGAUAUUUUAAAAAAUAAUAGGGAGUGAACUGGUUUCAUCUGGUUAGAUUGUUGGGAUUUGGUGGAUGAGGAAAGUUACCCUAGAGGUGUAGCAGUCAGGAUCAGAGAACCUGGUUUGUAUGAUGGUUCAGGCCCCCAUAACAGAAAAAAAGAAACACUGGAGGAAAAUGGUUAACAGCAACAAAUAUUAUUUUUUGCAUACUUACUAUGUGUGAGGUAUUGUGUUAAGUGCUUUACAUUUAUCAUCUGAUUUAAUGUUCACAUUGACCCCCUAUUAGGCAGGGACUCUUAUAAUCAUUUUAAUGAUGAGGAUGCUGAGGCUUAGAAAGGUUAAAUGAUUUACCCCAGAUCACACAGCUCUAGAGGUUUUCGACUAGUUUUAGAAUGCAAGAUUGAUUUCAAAGCUCAUAGUCUCAAUGGCUAUAUAAUACUGCCUCUGAGAGAGUUUGUUUUUUUUGAACAUGGAGAGUUUGAUGUGCUUGAAAGACGAUCAGGUGAACCCUUUUAGUAAGUCUUCAGAAUUAUGAACCUGGAUUACCAAAGAGAAUUCAGAAUUCAUUAAAGAGGUUUGGGGAUCAAUUGUUUGUACAAAAAAAAUGGAUUUACUGAAGGGGAUGAGAUGGCCCAGGAAGAGAGUAUAGAACAAGAAGAGCACUGAAGAUACAAUUUUGGAGAGGAGAGUGAAGAUCCAGAAAGGAAACCAAUAGUUAGUGAUUAGAGAGAGCCGAGGAGCAGCAAGAAGGAGGGGGAGAAUCUCUAAGAAGGAGGGAACUGCUCCCGGUGCCACAUGCUGCAGAGAAGCUGCAGUAGUGAGAAGGGACGUUGAUGACUUUGACCUCUUUGCCUGAAGUUCUAGGUUAAAUAUGGUUUGUCUGCCUUAAACCUUCCCUUCCCAGCAGAUUGAAUUAAACUCUCUCACCCUCUAUUCUACUAUUCAUGCUCCCAUUGUUUUCCCACUAAUUUCUGUCUGGUCUGAGGAAACCUCUGGGUGACCGCUUGAUGCUGGUACAAAGAUUCGUGACACAGCCUGAGCCCACGGAACCUCUCCUGAUGCUGGCCAUGAACUCUGACUUAUACUCAGCUGCUUUCUGCCUCUACCUGCCUGGUGCUGGUCACAGUUCAGCUUCUUCAUGAUGGUGGGUCCCAAUGGCAAUGAAUCCAGUGCCACAUACUUCAUCCUAAUAGGCCUCCCUGGUUUGGAAGAGGCUCAGUUCUGGUUGGCCUUCCCAUUGUGCUCCCUCUACCUUAUUGCUGUGCUAGGUAACUUGACAAUCAUCUACGUUGUGCGGGCCGAGCACAGCCUGCAUGAGCCCAUGUAUAUAUUUCUUUGCAUGCUUUCAGGCAUUGACAUCCUCAUCUCCACCUCAUCCAUGCCCAAAAUGCUGGCCAUCUUCUGGUUCAAUUCCACUACCAUCCAGUUUGAUGCUUGUCUGCUACAGAUGUUUGCCAUUCACUCCUUGUCUGGCAUGGAAUCCACAGUGCUGCUGGCCAUGGCCUUUGACCGCUAUGUGGCCAUCUGUCACCCACUGCGCCAUGCCACAGUACUUACAUUGCCUCGUGUCACCAAAAUUGGUGUGGCUGCUGUGGUGCGGGGGGCUGCACUGAUGGCACCCCUUCCUGUCUUCAUCAAGCAGCUGCCCUUCUGCCGCUCCAAUAUCCUUUCCCAUUCCUACUGCCUACACCAAGAUGUCAUGAAGCUGGCAUGUGAUGAUAUCCGGGUCAAUGUCAUCUAUGGCCUUAUUGUCAUCAUCUCUGCCAUUGGCCUGGACUCACUUCUCAUCUCCUUCUCAUAUCUGCUUAUUCUUAAGACUGUGUUGGGCUUGACACGUGAAGCCCAGGCCAAGGCGUUUGGCACUUGUGUCUCUCACGUGUGUGCUGUGUUCAUAUUCUAUGUACCUUUCAUUGGAUUGUCUAUGGUGCAUCGCUUUAGCAAGCGGCGUGACUCUCUCCUGCCGGUCAUCUUGGCCAAUAUCUAUCUGCUGGUUCCUCCUGUGCUCAACCCAAUUGUCUACGGAGUGAAGACAAAGGAGAUUCGGCAGCGCAUCCUUCGACUUUUUCAUAUGGCCACACAUGCUUCAGAGCCCUAGGUGUCAGUGAUCAAACUUCUUUUCCAUUCGAAGUCCUCUGAUUCAGAUUUUAAUGUCAACAUUUUGGAAGACAGUAUUCAGAAAAAAAAAAUUUCCUUAAUAAAAAUAUAACUCAGAUCCUUCAAAUAUGAAACUGGUUGGGGAAUCCCAUUUUUUCAAUAUUAUUUUCUUCUUUGUUUUCUUGCUGUAUAUAAUUAUUAAUACCCUGACUUGGUUGUGGUUGGAGGGUUAUUCCUUUCCAUUUUACCAUGCAGUCCAAAUCUAAACUGCUUCUACUGAUGGUUUACAGCAUUCUGAGGUAAGAAUGUACAUCUAGAGAACAUUUGCCAAAGGUCUAAGCAUGGCAAAAGGAAAAUAAACACAAGAAUACAAUAAAAUGAGAUAAUCUAGCUUGAAACUAUAACUUCCUCUUCAGAACUCCCAACCGCACUGGAUCUCAGAAAAAGACUGUCUUCAAAAUGACUUCUAUAGAGAAGAAAUAAUUUUUCCUCUGGACACUAACACUUAAGGGGAAGAUUGGAAGUAAAGCCUUGAAAAGAGUACAUUUACCGACAUUAAUGAAAGUUGACACACUCUGUUCUGAGAGUUUUCACAGCAUAUGGGCACUGUUUUUCCUAUUUAAUUUUCUUAUCAACCUUUUAAUUAGGCAAAGCUAUAUUAGUACCCUCGUUGUAGCCAUGGGAAAAUUGAUGUUCAGUGGGGAUCAGUGAAUUAAAUUGGGUCAUACAGGUAUAAAAAUUUAAAAAAAAAAAGACUUCAUGCCCAAUCUCAUAUUAUGUGGAAGAACUGUUAGAGAGACCAAUAGGAUAGCGGGUUAGAGAUGUCUUACAGAGUCUUACAUUUUCUAGAGGAGGUAUUUAAUUUCUUCUCACUCAUCCAGUGUUAUAUUUAGGAAUUUCCUGGUAACAGAGCUCAUGGCUUUAAUCCCACUAGCUAUUGCUUAUUGUCCUGGUCCAGUUGCCACUUUACCUGUGUCUUGGAAGGAGAAGUAAUUUCUAGGUUCACCAUUAUGGAAGAUUCUUAUUCAGAAAGUCUGGCAUAGGGCUUAUAGCAAGCUAUUUAUUUUUAAAAGUUCCAUAGGUGAUUCUGAUAGGCAGUGAGAUUAGGGAGCCAGCAGUUACAAUGGGAAGUAUGGAAUGGCAGGUGUUGAAGAUAACACUGGCCUUUUGAGUGUGACUGGUAGCUGGAAAGUGAGGGAAUCUUCAGGACUAUGCUUUAUUUGGGGCUUUGUGUAGUACGGAACAGGGACUUUGAGACCAGGAAAACAAUCUGAUUUAGGCAUGGGAAUCGGGCAUUUUUGCUUCUGAGGGGCUAUUACCAAGGGUUAAUAGGUUUCAUCUUCAACAGGAUAUGACAACAAUAUGAUUCUUAACCAAGAAACUCAAAUAACCAAUACUAAAACAUGUGAUCAUAUAUGUGGUAAGAGUCAUUUUCUUUUUCAAGCCUCAGGUUCCCUGAUAUGGAUUCGUAUAACACGCUUUCAUCCCCUUUUGUAACGGAUAUCAUGUUUGGAAAUGCCUAUUUAAUACUUGUAUUUGCUGAUGGACUGUAAGCCCAUGAGGGCACUGUUUAUUAUUGAAUAUCAUCUCUGUUCAUCAUUGACUGCUCUUUGGUCAUCAUUGAAUCCCCAAGCAGAGUGCCUAGAACAUAAUAGUGCUUAUAUUCAGUACUGGUUACUUUUCACUAAACCUGAUUCCUUCCAUCCUGAACACAUAGCCAGGCAAUUUUCCAGACUUCUUUGAGUUGGGUAUUAUUAAAUUCUAGCCAUUACUUCCAAUGUGAGUGGAAGUGACAUGUGCCACUUCUAUACCUGGAUCAUAAAACCCUCCCAUGUGCAGCCUUUCAUGUUGACAUUAAAUGUGACUUGGGAAGCUAUGUGUUACACAGAGUAAAUCACCAGAAGCCUGGAUUCCUGAAAAAACUGUGCAGAGCCAAACCUGUCAUUUGCAACUCCCACUUGUAUUUGUUCCAGGCAGUCGGAUAAGUGAAAAAUAAAGUAUUAGUGUGUCAAGUCUCUGAAAA